AUGACUCUUGACAAGAUGCCAGCGGAAGCUCAAACUCUGGUGUUGAAGGUCGGAACUUCGACGAUCAUGACCUCCGACGAGCGAGGGCAGCGGGUGAAUGUCGCGAACAUUUCGAGGUUGGUGGAAGUCAUCGCCGAUCUCUCCUACAAAGGGUUCAAGGUCGUCCUUGUCUCUUCUGGAGCCGUUGGCAUGGGUUGCCGCGAGCUGGGAUUGAAGCAGAAGCCCACCACUCCUGCGUUGAAGCGCGCUGUCGCUGGGGUCGGCCAAAGCCGCAUCAUGCGCGUGUACUCUGAGCUCUUCGAGACUGUGGGGCUGAAGAUUGCGCAGCUGUUGGUGAGUCAGCGCGACUUCUUGGAGCAGCAACGCUGGGCCGAAAUCCGUGACACGAUUGCAGCAUGUCUCGAAGCCAACGUGGUGCCAAUCAUCAAUGAGAACGACACCACGAACACAGAUGGCAUGCGCUUCGGCGACAACGACAACCGCGCAUCCCUCACUGCGGUCCAGCUUGGAGCUGCCGGUGUAUUCCUAUUCACCGAUGUGGACUACCUCUACACAGCGAACCCCAACGUGGAUCCCUCUGCUGAGCCCAUGAGGGUGGUCAACGAGGCAUUCGAGCUGGACGUCGACACCCGCGAGCCGGGGUCUUCUUUGGGCACUGGCGGCAUGGCAAGCAAGGUGUCUGCAGCCCGGACGGCUCAUUGUGCCGGUAUCCCCUGUGGCAUCUUGCACGGGAGAUUCCCGGAGCGAAUCUUCAGUUUCUUGAAGGAAGAGGAGGGCGACUCCACGCGGACCUCUCCGAAGACUCAGACUCAGACAGUGAGUGCUACUGACAGCGAGGACGGCGGCGAGCCCGAGCCGGAAGGCACGCUCUUCGCAGCCCGGGAAGGCGAGCAGAGAACGGAAGCCGAACGCUGGAUUCUCAGCCUGCCCGUCGUCGGGGACGUGGAUGUGAAGAAUCCCGAGGGAUUCGAGGACCUGGGCUCUGCCGAUCUUCGGACAACGCUGCUGGCGGCUGCUGCCGACAGCUUGGAUGGUCUUCAGAGCCUCUCUAGCAUCGCCCACGAUGGAGGCAUCAGGAUUUUCCACCAGAACUCCGAAGUGGCACGGAUGCGGGUCAGCCUGGACGAGGAGGGAGCCUGCAUCCCAGACCCGGAACCGGAGCAGAGCAUCGUGCUCACACCUGCAGCAGACGCCCUCUGCUGA